UCUAGGAAGGCUGUACACUCCUUGAAGACAACCAGUAAAGGCCCACCCAUGGCUCGGCAGGUCCUGGGCAUCACACUGGCCAUGAUUGGCCUGGCCGGCACCAUCAUCAUCUGCGCGCUGCCCAUGUGGAAGGUCACCGCCUUCAUCGGCACCAACAUUGUGGUGGCACAGGUCUUCUGGGAGGGCCUGUGGAUGACGUGCGUGUAUGAGCGCACAGGCCAGAUGCAGUGCAAGUUGUACGACGCGCUGCUGGACCUGGAGCCAGCACUGCAAGCGUCCCGCGGCCUGGUGGUGGCCACCAUGGCGCUCGCCUGCCUGGCGUUCCUCAUCUUCCUGCUCGGGGCCGACUGCACCAACUGCCUGAGUGACCCACGGGCCAAGGCCCGGAUCGUGGUCGCCUCUGGCAUCACGUUCAUGCUCGCGGGCCUCAGCGCCGCUGCGCCAGUGUCCUGGACAGCCGACUCCAUCAUCAGGGACUUCCACAACCCUGUCGUUCAUGAGGCACUGAAGAGGGAGAUGGGAGCUGCCAUCUAUGUGGGCUGGGUGACGGCAGGCUUCCUGUUUGUGGGCGGUGCUGUCCUCUGCACCACCUGCCCACCCGAGAGGAGCAACCAUUCUCCCAGGUACACAAGCACCCAAAGCAGCUAUGCGUUGAUGAACUACGUGUGAGGUUGGGGAAUGAUGGUAACUAG